AUGACGCCCUUCUCUGUCUUUGCGACAGACACCACCAAUACCAGUCUCAAGGUCCGCAUCGCCAUGCUUGCCAUCUUCCCCUUCCCAUUCACGUUCUUGACCGUCUUUGGCGCUGUCGCCAACGCUAUCCUUCCAACGCUUGGUGAUAUCCCGCUCGGAAUCUCGGCUCUUCUGAGCGCGGCCAUUAUUAUCGAUGCUGUUAGAUAUAGAUGUGUGUGCAAGACACAGGCCAGCACGGUGGUGCUGUUGACAGACAUCAUGCUUGCGGCAAGCCAUGUCACCAUGUUCGUCAUCACACAGGUCGUGAUGGGCAUGGAAUCGCAGUGUCGGCGUUACCAUUGCUACAAUAAGGAGGGUCUGGUAUUGCUCGCGGGAUAUGGCAAUCUGUUCUUCCUUGUCUUCGCUGCGGCUCAUGUAUACCUGGCUAUCAAAAGCAUAUAUGCAGGCUACCGUAGAAAUGAGUACGCAGAUCGUUGCGAGGAUUGCAAUUCGAUCGCUAUGCCUCGUUUCAAGUCUUUCAGAGGCCUAGGGUACUUUGGAAGGCGCGCUGGAGGCAAGGAAUACGCUCAACUGUCGGUACAGGAUAAUGAGGAUCCUGAUAAGGGCAGGUUUUGCAACGAGGAUGCCGAGGGGGAGGACGAGGCUAUGCUCAAGCCCUCGACAGAGGAGCACGUGUGA